ACAGUGCUCUGCAAUACCUUGUGUGGGGAUCGUUUUCCAGCACUGUUUGCUUGGAAAUCGAAAAAAAAAAAUUUAAUUUAAGCGUGUCUGCGCUGCGCUUGCGCUAAAUGCUAAAUUAACCGUAAAUGCGCAUCGUUUAACGCGAGUGCUAUUAUCGGGAACUAACUAAACGGAGCGACUAGAUCGAAGCUGCCAGCUGGAAGAUGCCAUUCAACGCCAUAUCUCCGCUGCUUCGUGUUCAUUUUUCUCCUGUCCACCAUUUUUAAUUUCUUUGUUUAUUUUGUGCCCAUCUUCGCGGGGGAGAGAGAGGCUGAAAAAGAGUAAAGAGUGAGGGAGAGAGUGCUGGAGAAGAUGGUGUGAGCUUGCUGGAGAACCAAAAAUCCACCCGUUGCGAUGGCCAGCAAUGCUGCGGGCAGCGGUCCGGCCGUAUCCGGAUCCGGAUCCGUAUCCAUAACCGGAUCAGUGGCCGUGCAGCCCGUGAACCACACCCACGCCGUAUGCGUGUGGGAGUUUGAAUCGCGGGGCGGCAAGUGGUUGCCUUACUCGCCGGCGGUGUCCCAGCACCUGGAACGUGCCCAUGCCAAGAAGCUAACCCGCGUCAUGCUCAGCGAUGCCGAUCCCAGCCUGGAGCAGUACUACGUCAAUGUGCGCACCAUGACCCAAGAGUCCGAUGCGGAGUCGGAGACGGGCCUGCUAACGAUCGGAGUGCGUCGGAUGUUCUACGCCCCCAGUUCUCCAGCUGGCAAGGGCACCAAGUGGGAGUGGUCGGGUGGCAGUGCCGAUAGCAACACCGACUGGCGGCCCUACAACAUGCACGUUCAGUGCAUCAUUGAGGAUGCAUGGGCGAGGGGGGAGCAAACUUUGGAUCUGUGCCACACCCACAUCGGCCUGCCGUACACCAUCAACUUUUGCAAUCUGACGCAGUUGCGCCAGCCCAGUGGUCCCAUGCGCAGCAUACGACGCACCCAGCAGGCACCCUAUCCGCUGGUGAAGCUAACGCCCCAGCAGGCCAACCAGCUGAAGAGCAACGCCAGCAGCUCCAACAGCACUACCUACAACACUCUGCCCAAGCUGGGCGACACCAAGAGUCUACAUCGCAUGCCCAUGACCCGUCAGCAGCAUCCACUGCCCCCCAAUCAUCAGCAACAGCAUCAGCAUCAGCAGCAGCAUCAGCAGCACCAGCAGCACCAUCAGUUGCAACAUCAACAGCCAUCGCACCAUCACCACAGCCAGACGGCGCCUAGGAAGCCGCCGAAGAAGCACAGCGAGAUCUCCACCACCAAUCUGCGCCAGAUCCUCAACAACCUGAACAUAUUCGGCAGCAGCACCAAGCACUCGAACAUGGCCAGCGCCAGUUCGUCCUCCUCCUCGGCCUCCCUGCACCACGGCAAUCAUCUGUCCCACGCCCACUCGCACGCCCACUUCUCGCACGCCAAGAACAUGCUGACGGCCUCGAUGAACAGCCAUCAUAGCCGGUGCUCGGAGGGAUCGCUGCAGUCCCAGCGCAGCAGUCGCAUGGGCUCGCAUCGCUCGAGAUCCCGUACGCGGACAUCCGACACGGACACUAAUAGCGUCAAAUCGCAUCGCCGGCGACCCAGCGUGGACACCGUUUCCACCUACCUGAGCCACGAGAGCAAGGAGAGCCUGAGGAGUCGGAACUUUGCCAUUUCAGUUAACGAUCUGUUGGACUGUUCGCUCGGCAGUGAUGAGGUGUUUGUGCCGUCGCUGCCGCCCUCGUCGCUGGGCGAAAGGGCUCCAGUACCGCCACCGCUGCCACUCCAUCCUCGUCAGCAACAGGUGCAGCAGCAGCAACAGCAACAGCAGCAGCAGCAACAACAGCAGCAGCAGCAGCAGCAGUUGCAGCAACAACAGCAAUCAAUCGCCGGUUCGAUUGUGGGCGUGGACCCAGCCAGUGACAUGAUAUCGAGAUUCGUGAAGGUGGUGGAGCCUCCGCUAUGGCCCAACGCCCAGCCCUGUCCCAUGUGCAUGGAGGAGCUGGUGCACUCGGCUCAGAAUCCGGCCAUCUCGCUCAGUCGCUGCCAGCACCUGAUGCACUUGCAGUGCUUGAAUGGAAUGAUAAUCGCCCAGCAGAAUGAUUUAAAUAAGAAUCUCUUCAUUGAAUGCCCGGUUUGUGGCAUCGUUUAUGGCGAGAAGGUGGGCAACCAACCCAUCGGCAGCAUGUCCUGGAGCAUCAUCAGCAAGAACUUGCCAGGCCACGAGGGUCAGAACACCAUACAGAUUGUCUACGAUAUCGCAUCUGGGUUGCAAACGGACGAGCAUCCGCAUCCGGGACGUGCCUUCUUUGCUGUUGGCUUUCCGAGGAUCUGCUAUCUGCCGGACUGUCCGCUGGGCCGGAAGGUGCUGCGCUUCCUCAAGAUCGCCUUCGAUCGCCGGCUGUUGUUCUCGAUUGGGCGGUCGGUGACCACCGGUCGGGAGGAUGUGGUGAUUUGGAACAGUGUGGAUCACAAGACACAGUUCAAUAUGUUUCCGGAUCCCACGUAUCUGCAGCGGACUAUGCAGCAGCUGGUGCACUUGGGUGUUACGGAUUAAAUGCUCCUCCUCCUCCUUCUCCUUCCGCGAGAUGCCCAGCCAUCCACCACAGACCACCCACCACCCACCACCCACCGAGGCCAAGACCCAACCAACCCCCAUGUUUCUUCCAUGUCGUUGAUAAGUUACUUCCUACAUAAUCUCAGUGUGUGUGCAAUCCUCGUUUACUAUGAUAUAACAUUUUUUUGCAUAGAUAUAUUGCAUAUAGCGUUCGAGAAGCUCGAACCAUAAAACCAGAAUGGCAAUUAAUGCUUCCUUUCCGCUCUUCCAUAUCGUAUUUGUACGCACCUACCCGAUAAGUUCCGUACAUCAUAUGUAUUAGUUAGACAUUGUUAGUUCUGUAGCUCGAUAGUUGUAGCCUUCUAGUGUGUAGUUUAGUUUUUUGUCCAAGAGAAUCUUGACCCGAAAGACACCUACUAGUAUUAGAGAUAUAUAUACAUAUUGCAGAUUCCACCAGGCCAGGCCAGGCCAUGCCAUCAUCUCUUCCCUGCUCCCCCAAGAAGCCUUUGAGUGUACGCUGUGCCAAAAUCCCGUAGAGCUAAACAUUGUUGAUAUAUAUAGCAUAUAACUCUCCAUUCUUAUUCUCCUCUCUGGCUUAUUAUUUUUUUUUGAAAUCUUCCAAGCUAUAAUAGUUAUAAUCGAAUUUAUAAAGAGAGUGAGACACGGAGAUCCGACAGACAGACUCGUCUCUGGCCAUUUAAUCUCUUCCAUUCAGCGAAUUUGAUGUGAUUUUAAUUUGAAUUAUUCAUUAUUCAUUACAUUAUUGAGCAAGUUGCUACCACGCAUAAGAUAUUCCAUUAUAUAGUUUAUAUAAAGCAUAAAAAAGACAUUUAAACAUACCGCAUACUGCAUACCACAUACCACAUACCACAUACUUUUAAUUGAAUUUUUUGCACACAUUUGAUGAAUUGUUGCUUUCAUAUUGAUAUCAUCGAACAUCGAACUACAUUUACACGCAUCGCAUACAUCGCAGAUAUAAUUAUAUUAUAUAUUAUUAUAUUAUAUACCAUAUAGCCUAUAUAGAAUAUAGUCGACAGAUCGAACAUUGUCAGGCGUACCAUAUUUUUCAAUACAAUUUGAUAAUGUGACUCCUCGACCAAGUUGUUUUUAGCACUGAUUAGUUUUUAGUAUACAUACCUUCUUCCCUCUCCUACUAUUACUACUCGCUGUGACUUGGCUAGCAGCGGGAACCCAUUCUUGACACAUGCACCCAACAGAUGUGAAACAAAUAAAUUCCACUCCAUUCAAAUAUUGUGCAUAAACAUUUUAUUUUACAUAUACAUUUAAUACAUAGUUCAAAUAAAGUAAUUUCAUUCGUGUUCAAAUGA